UGUGUGCCUCAAGGGGAUUUGAUUUUGGGUGAAAACAGCCAAUGAACUGAAUGGUGUGCUGUUAAUUGCUAUGUAAUGUUGUAUGUCAUCUCUUCUGUGAUAGCUAUAUACCAUAUUAAUGGUAUCACAGUAAGAAUCUCACAGCUUAAUGAAGAAUGAACUUGGAUUAAACCAAGCAAAGUACAGCAGUGAUGGAAGGACUGACUUCAGUAUGCAACACCACACACACCAUGUCUCCUGCCCUGAAAGACUCUUAUGACAGAUGGAGCCUAAAGCCAUGGACUGAUUGAACUCAAUGGACAUUUUAGAGGGAUGGUCUAUAGACUAAGGGAAUGGUAUCUGUUUGUACGUGUGUGUGUGUGUGAAUAUAUAUAUCAAAAGACAGGGAAAGUGGUGGUGAUUAACUGGAAUGUACUGGAAAGGGUAGGACCUGGACAUGAUGUAAAUGGCAUAGAAGAAGGGGUGGAUAAUGGUUUCUGCUGAGAUAAAGUUAAUUUUCCUUCUAGUAGCUGGUACAGUGCCGUGUUUUGGAUUUAGUGUGAGAAUUACGUUGACAACACACUGAUGUUUUAGUUGUUGCUACACAGUGCUCACCCUAGUCAAGGACUUUUCCAGCUCCCCAUGCUCUGCUGGGUGCACAAGAAGCUGGGAGGGGAGGGAGCACAGCCAGGACAGCUGAUGCAAGCUGGCCAAAGGGAUAUUCUGUACCAUGUGACAUCAUGCUCAGUGGGCACAGUGAGUGAUGUUGGUCAGCAGGUGGCUGAAUAUUUACCAGAAAAUACCAGUGACGCAAAAUCUUCUGUAGAUGCCAAGGAAGAACUCCUGGAUGACUGUGAGAAUAUUUGGAAGCAGAUGGAAGAGUAUCAGAGCAGGCUUGUUGGAAAGGAAGCAGUGUUAAAACCAGGUCACAAGGUUUUCUUGUUAAUGAUGCGAAUGAAAGCUUUAACAGCAGAAUAUAAUCAAUGGCAAAAAAGAAAUCCUGAAAUAAUUUCUACCAAUCCAGUUGCACUGUUAACAAUAGGAAAAGAAGAGUUGCAGAAAGUAAAGAAUGAUCUUGAAAGAGUGCUAACAGCAGUUCAGUCAAAGAAUCAAGAACUGACAGAACGUCUGGAAAGAGAACAGCAGUGGCAUGAGGAACAGCAGCAGAUCCUAGAUGUUCUUAAUGGAAUUGAAGAAGAGAGAAGACACCAAGUUGAACAGCUUUCAAGAAAAAGCCUGAACACUAGAGCACUUAAUGAACUCAGAAUUAAAAUAUUGAAACUAAAGAAAUAUAAGGAAGAACUCCUGAAUGGUCUGGGUGAAUUCCUCGAAGAACAUUUUCCACCUCCAGAGUAUGGUGGAAGUGCUAAGAAGAAUUCUUCUGAAGAGCUGAUAUCGCUGCAUGAAAUUUUAGAGAUUCUUAUAAACAAAUUAAUGAGCACACCACAUGAACCCUAUGUAAGAAUCAGUGACUCAUUUUGGCCACCUUAUAUUGAGCUGCUGCUAAGAUAUGGAAUUGCCCUGAGACAUCCAGAAGAUCCAAACAGAAUACGCCUAGAAGCCUUUCACAUCUAGCAUGACCUACAUAUUUCCUGGUGCUUUGUUUUGUGUUAAUCUUGGGGGCUAAGACAUACUUACGUUUUAUGAUACGUGUUUUCAAUAUCAGCAACCUUCUUGCUGGAUGAUUUAAUUAUUCUUAUUAAACUCUUUCUUCAGUAUGUAAUAUGAAAAAAGACAAA